AUGAAUUUCGAUACUUUCUACAAUAUCAUUGCAGGCCAGCCUCGCUAUGCUAAGGAAACCACCUCGGGCGUAAACCCGCUCGAUCGUUCCCCUCUAUGGCCUGCCCCCGUCGCUACCGCAAAUGACGUUGAAGAAGCUGUUCGCUCUGCACAAGAAGCAUUUCCCGCGUGGUCUCAAAAUACCUACAAGCAGCGCACGGAGCUGCUGGAGAAGUUCGCUGAUCUCUAUCUUGCCCGCGCUAACGAAUUCUGCCAAUUGAUCGCGACUGAGUGCGGAAGAACAGCUGGGAAUGCAGCAAUAGAAGUGUAUUUCGCUGCGCAAUGGCUACGAUAUCCGUCAAAAUACGAAAUUCCAGAAGAAAUUAUAGAGGACGACAAGAAAACAUCCAUCGUUACUCAGGAGCCUCUUGGAGUUGUUGCCGCCAUCUGCCCUUGGAACUCUUUGGGAAAGAUUGCACCUGCUUUGGCUACGGGAAACUGCGUCAUCCUCAAACCAUCCCCCUUCACUCCAUACUCGAGUUUGAAGCUUGGAGAACUAGCUCAGCAAGUAUUCCCUCCGUCAGUUCUUCAGGUACUUCAUGGUCACGAUGAUUUGGGCCCUAUGCUGGUCAAGCAUCCUCGAAUUCAGAAGAUCACUUUUACGGGGUCCACUACUACUGGAAAACAGAUCCUCAGAGAUGCAGCUGAUACAAUGAAGAGAAUUACCCUCGAAACCGCUGGCAAUAAUGCCUCCAUUAUCCUGCCAGAUGUCAACCUCAAAGCUGUUGUUCCCCAAUUAGCAGCAGGUCUAUGGUUCAACGCUGGUCAAGUCUGCAUUGCCACACGCCGCAUGUACAUCCACCAAAACAUCUUCGAUGAAGUCGUGGCUCAGCUCGCAGAAGCCUCAAAGGAUCUAGCUUCCAGCAUUGAACCGAUCCAGAACGAGAUGCAGCUUGAUGGGCUCAAGCGAGCUCUCGCUGACGCAAACGCUGCCGGCUAUGAGCUGCUAUCGCUGGGUAAGACGGAGGCUGCCGAAGGAUUCUUCAUUCAGCCCACUAUUAUCAAGAACCCGCCAUUGGAUGCACAUGUCGUGCAACAGGAAAACUUUGGCCCCGUCGUGUCAUGCAUCAAGUUUUCAUCCGUCGACGAAGCCAUAUCUUUGGCCAAUAAUAGCGACACUGGACUAGCCGCGAGUGUGUGGAGCGGUGACAUUUCAGCGGCCAAGCGCGUAGCCGCUAAGCUGGAAGCCGGGAAUGUCUACAUCAACGGCCCGCCUCAGCCGGAUCCUCAUGUGCCGUUUGGGGGGCAUAAGCAGAGUGGAUUGGGUGUUGAAAUCACCCCCCAAGAUUUGCAGCUAGGGGUGUCUGAGGUGUUGAAGAGCUUGACAGUCACCAAAGGUUUCGGCGCUUUCAUCGUCUUAUUUAUCAUUGUACCAAGAGUUUUUGAUUUCCUUCGAAAUCUGUUUUCUCCCGUCACAUCAAUCCCUGGCCCUCUCAUCAACAAGUUCAGCCCUUGGCCGCUGGAGAUUGCCACAUUCAAGGGGAAAAGCCAUCGGUUUGCUCGUGCUCUGCAUCGCAAAUAUGGACCUAUUGUGGUUCUUGCUCCCGGGAUGAUAUCUAUCGGUGACUCUAAGGAAAUCAAGCGUAUCAUCCAGAGCGAGGACUGGGUCAAGUCCGAAGCCAUCUACGGGAACUUCAGACAAGAUUUCCAUCGUCCAACACUACUCGCUUUUACUGAGAAGAAGGCCUACUCUAGGCGCAAGCGCAUGCUAUCUUCCAUGUUUGGUAUCCGCUAUAUCCGUAGUCUGGAGCCUCUCAUGAAAUCUUGUGUUGAUGCUGGUGUUGCCCAUCUCAACAAGCUUUGCGACAACCCCUCCAAGAGUACUGUUAUUAAUCUUCAGCACUUUAUCCACGGUUUGGCUAUUGACACCAUUGGAGUUACUACCUUUGGUGGUAGCUUUCACGUUGUCGAGAAUGGAAGUCACCCUCUCCCAUCUCGCUUGAAAGCUGGUAUGAAGAUCUCUGCCGUGAUGCAACUCAUCGGCUGGAUCAAAUACAUCCCUUUUCUACCCAAGCGAGAUCCCUACAUCGAGAAGUUUACAUUCGACAUUGUUGAUAAGCGCCGCAGGGAGUCUGGAGCUGUCAAGCAUCAAGACCUUCUCCAGCAUCUUGUCGAUGUCUGUGACGACUCUCCCGGCUCCGAGUUCCGCACCUCGGAUGUCCAAGAUGAGAGUGUAAUUCUGCUGGCCGCAGGAAGUGAGACAACUGCAAACGCAGAACUCUUCACAGUCAUCCAGCUUCUGAAGCACCCCGAAAAGAUGAAGAAGCUCAUUGCAGAGGUUGACAAGUGGUAUCCUCCAAGUGAGCCCGACCGGGCUACCGAGUGUGCUUACUCUCAAACUGGCAUGACCUAUCUCCAAGCCUGCAUCGACGAGACUAUGCGUCUGAUUCCUGGGCAGGCGACUGGAAGUCCGCGCGAGGCAUCCAAGCAAGAGGUUCUUCUUGGCUACAAGAUUCCCAGAGGGACUACUGUUUUCCCCAACACUCAAGAAGCUCAUCUUGAUGGCAGCAUCUGGGAGCAGCCCGAGAAGUACAUACCCGAGAGAUGGCUCGAGAUCUACUCUCAGAACCAGACCUCCGCCAUGCCUUACUGGCCUUUCUCUGCCGGGAGCAGAAUCUGUGUAGGAAAGAACUUUGCUUUUCAGGAGAUGCAUAUUUCACUGACAACUCUUCUGCGCAAAUUCACUUUCGAAUAUGUCCCGGGUCAGGAUGAAACGACCGUGUUCCGCAUUGCGCAGCAACUAGAGGCGGACUCUUACAAGGUUCGGGUGAAGAAGAGGUUUUGA